CGUUGGUUGAAUGUGCACUUGAAUAAUACUGAGAAUUCGCUUAUGAAUUAAUGCGAAAUAAGAUUUACAAAAAAUCGAAAAUACAUUUUGUGUGACAGUCUUUUUCGUGCUAUGUGUGUUAGAAGUUGUUUUUGAGCGUUUAAUAUAAGUGUUGUUUCGAAUUCAUCUGUUAUCAAUCACAACUUUAUUACAGAUUUUCAAAAUGCUGCCUUCAAAAUUAAAAAGCAGGGUCUGGAGCUUCUUUAUAAGAAAUUCAGAUGCUUCCGCCACAUGCAAAAUCUGCAGCAAGAAAUUAAAAACAUCAGGUAACACGUCGAAUCUUCGCUGUCACGUUGAGAAUGUACAUAAAAAGGUAUUACUCGAUCAAGUUGAUGAUGCAGAAUGCUCCUCCAAAACUACGCCGCACUCGGAACCAAAACAGCGAAAAAUUUCUGAUAUAAUGAACAAAACACCAACCGCUGGGACGACAGCGUCAAGUGAGUUAUCCGAUAAUAGUAGUAAGAAGACUGCAUGUAUUGAAUCGUCUCCUAGUACAUGUACUCCGUCAGUACUGCAAAAUAAAUCGGAUCAGUUGCCAGCGCUGAUCCAACCUAAUGUGAAAGACUUUUUUGAGCAGGUCAAAAGUAUUUCUUACCAAGAUGGGUCUAAAUCAAAGAAAAUUACUGAAGCAAUUGUGAAAUAUAUUAUAAUGGACAACAAGCCAUUUUCCACGGUAGAAGGAAAAGGUUUUCUGCAGAUGAUGAAAGAACUGGUUCCGCUUUUUAAAGUUCCAAGUAGAGAAACAAUAAAAUUACGAGUGGAUGAAAAAUAUGAAGCGCUGUCUUCAAUUUUCAAAGAGUAUAUUCGAAAGUGCGACAGCUAUUGCCUAACGUAUGACAUAUGGACGGAGACAAUGAAAAAUCAGUCGUUCCUUGGGGUAACAAUUCAUUUUUUGGACAAUUUACUUUUGUUGAGUGGGACGUUAGGAGUAAUCGAACUGCACGAAAGUCAUACAGCAGCUUAUAUAGAGGAACUAUGCGUAAACUUUUCAACGAGUGGAACGUUUCCAUAAAUAAAAUUUCUGCUUGUGUAACUGAUAAUGAUUCAACCAUGAUGAAAUUAAAUAGAAGCUUGUUUGGCGAAAAAAAAAUAAUACCCUGCUUCGCACACACGCUUAAUUUGGUUGUAACGCAAUCAAUAGAUAAGUCCACGGAAGUAUCGGCUUUGAUAACUAAGGUGCGUGACAUUGUUAAGUUUAUUGAAAGAAGUGUUAAUGCCAGUGAUCAAUUGCGGCAGAAACAAAUAGACACCGGGGCUUCUACAAGUAAUACCAAGAAAAUGAUUCUUGACGUAAGAACGCGAUGGAAUUCAUGUUUUUAUAUGUUAGAGAGAUUUGUCCAGUUAGCCCCUAUUUUAAGUGAAGUACUGCUCACUCGCCCAGAAGCACCCUCUAUGGUUAAUGCCUCCGAGCUGAACAAAAUUAAGGAGCUGAUUGAAUUAUUAAAGUGUUUUGAAAUUGUGACCAGGGAGAUUUCGGCUGAUACCUACGUUACCAUUAGCAAGGUUAUACCUUUAGUAAGCUGUUUAACUGAAGCUCUGAC